CUUCCACCGUCGAUCGCAGACGACUCGUCAGUCAAUGGCUGAACACGGAUGUGAUAUGACGUCCUUAGUUCGAUAAAGAAGGAAAUGGUUUAGAAAAUAUAGUCAUAGUAAAAGUUUGGAAAAGAAAUUCAACACCAGAACCAGGACUUGUGAGAAACAUUUUUGUGGUUUAGGAGAAAAAUAAAACAUUCUGUUCAAUUGCGGUGGUAACAGAAAUCACAGAAGUGUUGCGCGACUAAGCGAUGAAAACAUAGUUAUUUUCGGAAGUCUGAUACUGCGCUGAAUGUGAUGAGGCAGCAAGUGACAGAGCUGUUUGUUUUGGAUAGAUUUCGCUGAUUCAGCGUGUGAAUAAAAACAAAUGUGCAUGAAACGGUUCGGAAACAUCAGCACGUGAAGAGUGCAAACGAGAGCGUUUCCGAUAACAGCGAAGCCGGAGCCAGGGCAACAAGUUACUGUGUUUUUUAAGUGCGUCGAAGGAUGUUUACAGAGUGAAGAUUGUCGUCUUAGUUAGAAAAAAAACGGGCAAGAAAUUUCGCGGCUGGAACACGGAUUAAAAAGUUUAAUUGGGAACAAACGAUCGGCGUUGCAAGCUUGGACAAAGUGCUGCGAACAACUUCAGUUAUUACUAUGAAUGCCAUCGCCAAGAUGUACCCGAAGUUAAGCGCUGUGGAGUUAUCUGCAAUUCUUAUGAAAGGAGCCGCAAUGUCCGCUGCCUCGCUGGAGCGCGAUUCCGGUUUCAACUCAGGCAGUUCUGAACACGAGGAUGAUCUAAAAAGUCUUGACCAGAGCUCGCGGGAUGGAUUAGUAACACCGGAGAAUAGUUCCGUUGAUUCCGUGGAAGUCAAAUUACCGCAGCCAAUAACAACUAAAAAUAAACGAAAAAGUUCAGAACCAUUGAGAGUUAUUUCGGACUCGGAACUGCUAGGUCCGAUAAAAAAGCGAAUUCGCUAUGGUGAGCAGUUGAGAGAAGGCGACAAAGAAAGCUUGGACCAUCAAGUCGGCAACAAUCCGUUUCGACCAUGGGCUCCAAACGAAGAAAUUCCUGGUGGUCAACCUUUACCUGCACAUUAUCCCAACCCGGCCGAUCUGCUGGUCAGACAUCCGGGAGUUACGACGCUUCAUCGUGCUAUCAGCAUCAAACCACUGAAUCAGCUGCAGCAGCCAAAAUCUUCUCAUUAUCCUCCGUCAUCCAAAUCACCCUCUACUUCCUACCAGCAGCAGCCUCUUGCAUUGGUCUCCAAGAAAGCAGAUUCCUCGAAACGAUCUCUUCAAAAUCAGGACGAUCUCCGACGAAAUCUAAGCCUGCUGCAUCAAAGUGAUCGAUCAGUUUUUAUCCCACCACCACCAGUCCGAUCUGGUGAAUGUUCGGACACAACACUGGGAAAACCAGUGCAUCCUCGCAACUAUAAGAACAUGACUCGGGAGCGGCGAAUCGAAGCUAACGCUCGCGAACGGACCCGUGUGCAUACGAUCUCCGCAGCCUAUGAAAAGCUUCGACAUGCUGUUCCCGCCUAUUCCAACUCGCAAAAGUUGUCAAAGUUAUCAAUUCUACGAAUCGCAUGUUCCUACAUUCUGACGCUCAGUCGGAUGGCCGGUGAAGACUACAGUGCCGAUGGAUCUGCCCCUUCUGUCGAUGAAUGUGUCGAGAUGGUGACCAAAACUAUUCAGACGGAAGGUAAGAUCAAGAAGAAGAAAGACGAAUGAAAUUUGUCCGGUGCUGACUGACGUGUCAAUCAUGCGUCAAUAAUUAAAACGCUUAGCAAUCGUGCAGCAAGUGUCAAAUGGAAUUUGAACCGCUUCCGACCAAAACAAAAUAUAGUUUACUUGGUUUUAUGUUGUCGUUGAUGCCAAUUUACUACUGUCAGUUUUCUAUUUAUUUUCUUUUCAUUUGGAAAAAAAUGAGUGGAUUUCAUGAAAUUAAAUAGAAUUUUGUAAGUGCUAGAUUUUAGACUAAGAAACAUGUGAGAGUACAAACUAGAUGAGCAGGAAACGUGCAGGUCUGAUUCGAUGCCAUAAGAACUUUCUACUAACCUAAACAGUACAUCGAGACAAUAAGAAAACGCCAAAAAUAAGAAUGAAAAUAUUGAAACAAUGGUCAUUGUGAUUUUUCAAGUAGAUUCCAAGCACAACAUUAGGUGCCAUAUGCAUAAGCAACAGUCAACAUCUGUAUUUAAAUAAUCUCUCAGAAUGGCAGGGUUAAACCAGUUGACACAAAACAAGGAUGAGCAUUUUUUCCCUCCAUACGUCAAUCAGUAUAGCUUUUAGCGAGUAGCUAUUCAGGAUAAAAAGAAAUACGAUUUGCACUAGUGAAAGUGGUCACAUGCGUAGAGCAGGGUUUUACCCUCGAAGUCACGAAAAGAGAAUUGAGGAAACUGUUUUUUCAGCAAACAAUUAACUGGUCGUCAAUAGUUAGUAUUUAAACAAUUGUAAUUAUGCAUGUACGGAAUAUUUAUAAGCAAAUCAAAUUUGUGAUUGUUUUGUAAUCAAUUUUUAUUAUGAAUACAGUAUCCAAAAUUUUACUUCAAAUGAUGCAAUGUGAAAUGAUGGAUAAAAUAAAAGCGAAAACUAUUUUCGAGUCAAUUUAA